AUUUUUCUAUAAAUAAACGAUUGACAGAAAAAAAAUGUCAAGUCCAAUUAAAUAAACCGGAAUUUAACCAUCAACCUUUACAAAAAUACCAAAAAAAUAGGAAGAAUCAUUUUUCAGGCAAUUUAGAUUUGUAAAUCAAUUACUAUAAGGCAAGUCCCCAAACAUGAUAAAGGUGUCCAAGGCAGCGAAGCACCACAGGACACUAAUCGCGGACACUUCCAUCCAUAAGAUCCUUCGCAAAUAGAUUACACCAUAAUAUGGUAACUCUUUAAACUCUACAACAGAAAUACACUACAAUGAGUUACAAUCAGAUUAAAAAAAUCGACGAUCUAUCGUUGGAACGUAUGCAAGCCUCAUCAGCUUCUUGCGACACAUGCUUCUGUCACCUCAUCCCGACUCCAGAAGACGAGAGAAGGAACCUAGGAACUUCUUUCAAAAAGAGUUUUUCUUCUUAUAACCCUGGAAAGAAAAGGAGGAACGUUGGAGGGAGAAGAGGGAUUGAUAUUCCUUUGGUUUUCGCCAAGGGAGAGCAAGGUGUCUACUCCACAAAUGAGGUGGUAAAACGCAAGUCCUCGUGCGGUGGCUGUGGCUGCAGUGAUAGGGAGAAGAUUAUAUCGAAGUAUUCCUACGCCAAUAUACAUCUGACUGCACCUGAACUGGCUCCUUUGUCCCCGCCCGCCCAUCUCUGCGCCCGUCCGACUGAUAGCGUUGUUGAAAAACCGAAACCAAUAAACAAUAUAAAGGUGACUACAGACAGAGUUACCAUAGACCCGGACAGCGAGAACUCAGAGACAAGCCUCCAGAACCAUAGAGUACAUAGAACUGUCAGAGAGCCCAAUAUGUCGGAGAAGAAGUCGGUUACAAGUCUUAUAGACGCUCAGUAUGAGAGAGAUGAAGAUAGUAUUUUCGAUAGAUGAGCAGAGACGGAUUUAACCUAGAGAGCGCCCUAGGCAAGCACCUCCUUUUUGGGAGAGCCAUGCUUCGGCACGAAUGGGCCGGCUCGACCGAAGUGAUACCACGGCCUCACAGAAAACCGACGAGAAACAACGCUUGCGUUGUGUGAGUGAGGUUACCGGAGGCCCAAUUUCCCCCUUUCCUAAACUUCUCAAUCUUUCCAAUCCCCGAUUUCCCAACAAACCUUAAGUUCCUAACUCCCAAAAAACUGGUAAUGCACUUGUAACGCCUCUAGUGUUUCGGGUGUCCAUGGGCGGCGGCGAUUGCUUACCAUCAGGUGAUCCAGCUUGUUUACCAGCUCAUAACAUUAAAAAACCCUCAUAGGCGCACCUAAGUUAUUUAGUCCCCGCCGUCACUCUAUGGACAGUUGGACACCCGCGUCUCGCGGCAGCCCUCUGUAACUUGGCGCCUUAGGCACCUGCCUAGUAUGCCUUAUGGUGCUCCCACACAGCAGUUAUAUAACGUUAUACAACAUUGUGUAACAUUUACAACAUAGCAUGUAACAUACUCUACAACCACUGUUAUAAUUUGUUUAAACACAAGUGUUAUUGUUACACAUUGUUGUAUAACGUUAUAUAACCGCUGUGUGGGAGCACCAUUAGGUAUAACACGACUCUGCAGAUAAAUAUCUCUCUGUCUCUUUCACUCCAGACAAAUUAUAAUAUGAAUAACAAGUUAUUAAUCAAAGACAAGAAUAAAGUAAUUUAUUAAAUA